AUGGGUGGAGAUUUAAAUUUGAAGAAAAGUUGGCAUCCCCACCUCUUCAAGAACCAGGAAAGAGUAUGGAAGGAAGAAAAGGCCGCCCUCGAGGAGCGCAAGUUGAUCGACAAGCUUCGCCGAGAACGCGAAGAGGAGGCUGCGCUUGAAGAACUACAAAAGUUGCAGGCAGAGUCUGGUGGAAAGGUCGUGCAGCGAAGAGUCGACUGGAUGUAUGCCGGCCCCAGCGGUGAUAGCGGCAUUACGGAAGAAAGAGAGGGCUAUCUACUUGGAAAGCGCAGGAUCGAUAACCUUCUUAAAUCAAACGACACGCAAAGUCUGCAGAAAGGCGCACCAGUCGGCAUUGGUGCUAUUGGCGAGCCCAGCACGAACAUAAACAACGCCCGCGAUACACAAAAGAAGGUCCUCCAAGACCCACUCCUCAUGAUACAGAAGCAAAAGAUGGAAAUGCAGCUGAAGGCCAUGAAGGAUGCUCAGAAGGAAGCCAAGUACGCUGAAAAGCGCGAGAAAGAGAAGGAACGCGAAAGGAAACAUCGAAACAGGGACAGAGAGAGGAGUAGGGAUCGGGAACACAAGCAUCGGAGUCGACACAAUCGAUCGCGCUCGCCACGCAGAAGCGAAGAUCGUGGGCAUCGCCGUGAACACCACCGUGAACACUACAACCACAAGAGACGGUCAAGGUCGCGGUCACGAUCACCACAUCGAAAGCACAGUAGCCGGCGAGAACGCACACGUUCGCCGCCCAAGAGAGAGGAUCGAAGGGAGGAUCGUAGAGACUUUCGCGAUCGCGACAACUACCGAAGACGUGAUCGCUCUCCUCCGAGAAAACAAGUGGAUGAUGCUGAAGCCCGUCAAAGUGCAGCCGAUCGUCUUGCUAGUAUGCAAGCAGAGGCAGCAUCAUUGGAGGAGCAGCGAGCUGAACGAGUCCGACAACAGGAGAUUAAGGAUGCAGAAGAGGAGGCGAAGCACAAACAAAACAUGGAUGGCGGGCGACGCUUCAUAUCUAGUGUUCGCGGACAGGCGUCCAAUAUGGAUUUGGGGGAUGCCAUUGCUCGUGGGCGUCCAAACUUGAGAGCAGAUUUAGACCCUUAG